AUGGUUGAUCUCACCGUCGAAGAACCACCACGUCCUAUCUCCCGGUUUUCCACGUCCACUUCGCUGAGAAUGUCUACGACUGUCGACAUGCAGGUCGUCCCCAUGCCUCGCUGGUCCACGGCUGUAGGCUGUGCAAAAGUUGCUCUGGCCGUGGUGGUUCUUGCCUUGACAGCUGCGGCUGCCUCCAUCUGGGGAGGUUACGAUGCAUUCGCUGUCACUCUGUUCACAGCAUCGGCUAGCCUCGUCAUCUUCGUCUACUACUUCGUCGCUCUGUCUCGUCGGCCCGCUCUCUACCAUCCGUGGGUAGUUCUGGCGCUCGAGGCCUUCGGCGUGAUCUUUUGGCUGACAAGUUUCGCCAUGAUGGCACAAUGGACAAGCGUUUACAAUGGCUGGUGGUAUGGCGAAGGAGACAGCUACGGGUUCUGGGAUGCACCUUUUCGUCCUGAAGAUCUGGGCCUGGCGAAGAGAACCAUUGUCAGAAGAAGUACCAACAAGUACCACGCCGGGGUUGCGCUGGCUGGCACUGCUGCAGGAUUGAGUGCAGUGGAAUUCAUACUCUACACCCUGACUCUGACCGUUUUCGGAAUGUCCAUGCAUCAACAGCGAAUGGAGGCUGCACGCACAAGCAUUGCAGCCGCACCCACGACGACUCCCGCGGCUGACGUCGAAGCUGGCACAGAAGACAAGGCAGCGGAGACAGAGCAUGAGCCAAAACCUGUCACUGUUUGA